CGCAAAACCCUUUCUGCCCGCCUCUAAGCUCCCACCGAUUUUCUCCCACUAUAAAAAUCCAAUCUUUUGCGCGGGAACAUUUCGAACUUUUCUAAAAUUCCCACCUCCAAAAUUUGUAAUUUUCUCUCUGUUUCUCCCUCUUCACAUUCGUGUUCUUAUAUAAUCCAAUUGUAAUCCCUGACGUCUCUGCACAGAACCUGUUCGACGAAAUUCCUCUUGUUAAGAUGUAUGUGGUUAAGAGAGAUGGGCGACAGGAGGCGGUGCAUUUUGACAAGAUCACUGCCCGUUUGAAGAAGCUUAGUUAUGGCCUUAGUGUCGACCACUGUGAUCCGGUUCUGGUGUCCCAGAAGGUCUGUGCCGGCGUUUACAAGGGUGUUACCACUAGCCAGCUCGAUGAAUUGGCUGCCGAAACCGCCGCUGCCAUGACCGCCAAUCAUCCUGACUAUGCCUCUUUGGCUGCAAGAAUUGCUGUUUCAAAUCUGCAUAAGAACACGAAAAAGUUGUUCUCAGAGACCAUCAAAGAUAUGUACAGCCAUGUCAGUGAGAGAUCAGGACAGAAGGCUUCUCUUAUAGCUGAUGAUGUUUAUGAAGUAAUCAUGAAGAAUGCUGCUCGGUUGGAUAGUGAGAUUAUAUAUGACCGUGACUUUGAUUACGACUAUUUUGGUUUCAAAACUCUGGAAAGGUCAUACCUCUUGAAGGUUCAGGGGAAGGUCGUGGAGAGGCCUCAGCACAUGCUUAUGAGGGUUGCUGUUGGUAUUCACAAGGAUGAUAUUGAAUCUGCUAUCAAAACAUACCACACUAUGUCUCAACGGUGGUUUACUCAUGCAUCUCCCACCCUUUUCAACUCUGGAACCCCGAGGCCCCAACUUAGCAGUUGUUUCCUUGUAUGCAUGAAAGACGAUAGUAUAGAAGGUAUAUAUGAUACCUUAAAGGAGUGUGCUGUUAUCAGCAAAUCAGCUGGUGGCAUUGGUGUUUCUAUCCACAAUAUUCGUGCUAUGGGCAGUUACAUCCGUGGAACAAACGGAACCUCUAAUGGGAUUGUGCCUAUGCUGCGGGUUUUCAAUGAUACUGCUCGAUAUGUUGACCAAGGAGGAGGCAAGAGGAAAGGUGCUUUUGCUGUAUACUUGGAGCCAUGGCAUGCUGAUAUAUUUGAGUUUUUGGAUCUCAGAAAAAACCAUGGAAAAGAGGAGCAUCGGGCUCGAGAUCUAUUUUAUGCACUUUGGGUACCCGAUCUAUUCAUGGAAAGAGUCCAAAGUAAUGGAGGGUGGUCAAUGUUUUGUCCAAAUGAGGCACCGGGUUUGGCUGAUUGCUGGGGUGAGGAAUUUGAGAAGCUAUACACUAGAUAUGAACAGCUGGGAAAAGCCAAGAAGGUUGUUAAGGCACAGAAUCUUUGGUUUGAAAUCUUAAAAUCUCAGAUCGAGACUGGAACCCCUUACAUGCUAUUUAAGGAUACUUGUAACAGAAAAAGUAACCAGCAGAAUCUUGGGACCAUUAAAGCCUCUAAUUUAUGUACAGAGAUAAUUGAAUAUUCAAGCCCAACAGAGACGGCUGUGUGUAAUCUUUCUUCAAUUGCUCUACCUCGUUUUGUCAGAGAGAAGGGUGUUCCAAUGGAGUCUCACCCAUCUAAACUUGUUGGUAGCAGAGGUUCCAAAAAUAGAUACUUUGAUUUUGACAAAUUAGCCGAGAUAACUACUCUAGUUACAACAAAUCUGAACAAGAUAAUUGAUGUCAAUCACUAUCCUGUGGAGACUGCCAAAAGGUCAAAUCUCAGACACAGACCUAUUGGUAUUGGGGUUCAAGGUCUUGCGGAUACUUUCAUUCUACUGGGCAUGCCGUUUGAUUCACCUGAGGCUCAACAAUUGAACAAGGAUAUAUUUGAAGCCAUAUACUACCAUGCUCUUAAAGCUUCUUGUCAGAUUGCUGCAGUAGAAGGCCCUUACGAAACUUACGCCGGCAGUCCUGUUAGUAAGGGAAUCCUUCAACCUGACAUGUGGGGGGUAACACCUUCAAAUCGAUGGGAUUGGAAUGCCCUCAGGGAACAGAUUGCGAAAAAUGGGGUAAGAAAUUCACUUCUUGUGGCUCCAAUGCCAACUGCUUCUACCAGCCAGAUUCUUGGAAACAACGAGUGCUUUGAGCCAUACACUUCAAACAUCUACAGCCGCAGAGUUCUAAGUGGUGAAUUUGUUGUUGUGAACAAGCAUCUCCUGCACGAUUUGACAGAGAUGGGCAUGUGGUCUCCUUCUCUGAAGAACAAGAUCAUCUAUGAGAAUGGUUCUGUUCAGACGAUUCAAGAAAUCCCUGAUGAUCUAAGAGCUAUUUACAAGACUGUUUGGGAGAUCAAGCAAAAGACUUUAGUCGACAUGGCUGUCGAUCGAGGUUGUUACAUCGAUCAGAGUCAGAGUCUCAAUAUCCACAUGGAUCAACCAAAUUUUGGAAAACUUACCUCCUUGCACUUCUAUGCGUGGUCAAAGGGUCUAAAAACAGGAAUGUAUUACCUACGAUCACGAGCUGCAGCCGAUGCCAUCAAAUUUACGGUUGACACUUCAAUGUUAAAGGAAAAGGUCAAUGAUGAAGAUGAUAGUACGAAAAUGGCACAGAUGGUAUGUUCUUUAACGAAUCGUGAGGAGUGCUUGGCCUGUGGAAGUUAAGAUAUGACAUUCAAAAUUAGUGGUGCUUUCUCUCUACAUUUAUCUAUCUGCUCUAGGAAAAAGCACUUAGCUUCAUAGGGAUGAUUGAACUUCUUUAUACUCUAGUCAAAUAUCUAGAUAACUAUAGGAUGAUGUAAAUUCUGUACAGUUUUUUUUUUCCUUUCCCUCUUUUGGAGGGUGUGGGAUGAGCAUCGAUUUGAUAAGCAAAAAAUAGAUGAAUCCUAAAACCCGAUUCUUGUCAUCAUAAUUUGAUUCGAUUCGGAUCUUUCCCCAUUUGUAGUUAGUACUCCAAAUUUUCAAUUUUCUUUUGGAAACU